AUGGAUCGCGGAGAAAAUCACAGUCCAGGCGAGUUGGACGCGUUACACGCAGAUUGGAAUACAUCGGAAACUACCAUCUGCUUGCCAUCACCAUCUCCGUUGAAGCGAGCAUCUACAUACUUCCCCAAAGCUGGACCCAAGGUGCUGGAAGAGUCCAACAACGAUCCAUUCUACCUCGAGCAGUCCAUAACUGCCACUCCAUCAACUUGGGACUCGUAUACUUCGGCAAUGAGCGAUGAGAGAUUUAGCGACGACAACAGCCAGUAUUACACACUGUCUUUGACACACCAGAGGAACACGUCGGACACUCGCAAGUCUUCUCGCCAAUACACUGGCCCUGAUCGGUCUACUCUCGCACAAUUGGAACUGGAGAACAACCUGAGAUUCCAUCGCUACACAUCCUCAACUGAGGAAGAAUCCAGAACUUUACACAGCAGCCAGGAUUCUUUCAGCUCGUUACACACCGACAGCAGUACUCCCGACCUCACUCCAAGUAGCUCUUUUUCUUCGACCUACUCCUCCGCUGCCUGCCCAGACGCAGUUAUCAAGGCGACUGAGAAAUUGUACCAUCACGCAAAGCGCGCCCAAUCUGAACCUCGUCGCGCUUUUUACCUUCCUGCUUCUACUCCUCCCAAGCAACUUCCUCCACCACCACCUGUGCCGGCACUCCCCCAGGCACACACUCGGCCCACUACUCCUGUGGCCCACAGCUCCAACAUCCCCACAACCGCAACCAUGAAGUACGAGAUAUCAGGCAUGUCCUCGUCAUCUCGCCGGAGGAAACCCCCUCCAGCCUUGCCCAUAUCCCGUCGCCCUAGCUCCCAUAGCUCUCGCAGGAAACAAUCAAGCCCCGGAACACGACCUCCAUUGGAUCCAUCCAUGAUCUCACCCCCAAGCUUGAUCAACCCAGUGACCAUGGAGCCACAUGCCACACAUUUCGAGCAGGCUCUUUUCAUCCCUGCCAACGACUGCCCCAGUCCUAUUCCUAGUCCAUCCGCCAGCUCUCCUCCCAUCUCCCGCCAAUGGACUGCCACAUCCAUGGAGCGGCCCUCCACUUCUACUAUGGACGCCUAUUGCGAGCAUUCUGUCUGGGAGUCCGACUCCGACAAUGAGUCGAUUGGGCACAAGUCUUUAUCACGCAAGCCCAUCGAUACAUUGCGCAAGGUUCGCAGCCGCGCAAAGCUCCGUGCUGCCAAGUCUCAGCCCAGACUGCACCAGGCUAUGCUUGACGAUGAGGCCCCGGAGAAAUUCCCUUGCAUGCCCGAAGAUUCAGUUGGCCAACACGUUCCUGAAUCAUACCGCGGAGUUAGUCUCGACCGACCUAGCACCAGCCGAGACGGUCUGCGACCUCACCACCCUCUUCAAACUCUUCGACUUGUCGCACCAUCCACUACUUCCCUCCUCAAACCACGGUCACGCAACAACAGCAAUGGCAACCUGCGUGACUCUGACAUUGACCGAUCAACUGCAGCUGCCGUUCAAGCUCGGACAAGACGCUAUCAGCGCUCAGACUCACCCGACUACAUCAAGGAGGAAACCGAGAAGCUGACCUCCAUGUGCUACGAGCAACACUCACCCGCACCCUUCGAGGAUCCUAUGGACCACCGGCCCUUCUUCAAGCGGUUCCUCGAUUCCCUUCGCUCAUUGAGUUGCCACAAGGCAUCCACGAAAACAACCACGACUACAAUCUGA